GCCAUCCUCGUGAGAACUUUGAGCCUACCUGUGCUCCCCAUCUCCGAAUCUCCACCUCGACUAAACCACUCUCGUUCCCCAAGGCUUGCACGCAUCAGUGCCAAGAAUUUGCACUUCGUGGUAGACUACAGCAAAGCAGACACAGUGACCUUUCAGGAGGAUGGAGUUGGGAGCCGAGCGCGGCGACAUGCAGAAGAAUCGAAGCAGUGACGAUGCAUCCAGAAAAACGGACGCCUCAUCCUGCUCCAGUCUUAAGAUGUUUCUGGUGGCUUUGUCCUUUGCCUAUUUUGCAAAGGCUCUGUCAGGAAGCUACAUGAAGAGCACGAUAACUCAGCUGGAGAGGCGCUUUGACAUUCCCAGUUACCUAAUAGGCAUCAUUGACGGCAGCUUUGAGAUAGGUAACCUGUUAGUCAUAGCCUUUGUCAGUUACUUUGGUGCCAAGCUCCAUCGGCCAAAGAUCAUCGCAGUGGGUUGUGUACUGAUGUCUAUUGGUACCUUCAUCAUUGCCCUGCCUCACUUCAUCAUUGGACGUUAUGAAUAUGACUCACCGGCGCGCUGGGUUGUGAAUUCAAGCCUCACCCCAUCACCAUGUUCAGUGGGCUCAACGUCUGACCUCAGCCAAGAUAGUAAAUUACUUGAAGUGCCAACGACAGAUUGUGAAGGAGAUUCCAACCUGUCCAUGUGGAUUUACGUGCUCCUGGGAAAUGUCCUACGAGGGAUCGGCGAGACUCCUGUUCAACCCCUUGGAAUCUCCUACAUUGAUGACUUUGCUAGUGAGGAGAAUGCUGCUUUAUAUGUGGGCUGUGUGCAGACCAUCUCUGUGGUGGGGCCAGUCUUUGGCUACCUGUUAGGCUCCUUAUGUGCAAAGAUUUACGUGGACAUUGGAUUUGUAAAACUGGAAACGAUCACGAUCACCCCAGCAGAUUCCCGCUGGGUUGGAGCCUGGUGGUUAGGCUACCUCAUAGCCGGUGUCAUCACCCUGCUUUCUGCCAUCCCAUUCUGGUUUCUACCACGCUCACUGCCAAUUCCAGGCUCGCACACCCCAGAGAAGCCAGAGCAGACAAGUUUUAUUAAAGACUCUGACCCAAUGAAGCACAAGUAUCCAGUGGAAGAGCACACCAGUUUCAUAGAGAUGGCCAAAGAUUUUAUUCCAACCCUGCGGAGCCUGUUGGGCCACCCUGUUUAUUUGAUUUACUUGUGUGUGACAAUCAUCCAGCUCAACUCUCUUAUCGGCAUGGUCACGUACAAACCCAAGUACAUCGAGCAGCACUUUAGGCAAUCUGCCUCAAAGGCCAACUUUCUAAUGGGUGUGAUUAAUAUCCCUGCGGUUGCACUGGGGAUUUUUUCUGGUGGCCUCCUGAUGAAGAAGAUGAAGCUCAACAUAGCGGCGGCAGCAAAGUUCGCUUUUGUUACUUCCUUCAUCGGGUAUAUCCUCUCGUUGUUCUUAUUUGUGAUGAGCUGCGAGAACGCCAAGAUAGCCGGAGUGACUCUUCCCUACAACAGUAUGGAGGGCAUAUCUCACGACAAACACUCCGUUUUCACCACCUGCAACUCCAACUGUUUUUGUUCUGCAAAUAACUGGGACCCGGUCUGUGGACGGAAUGGCAUCACAUAUGUUUCCCCCUGUCUUGCUGGCUGUACCAGCUCCACUGGUUCAGGCAAAAACACAGUCUUCUCAAACUGUAGCUGUGUUGGUGCGGCUGCUAACUUGACAGCCAAUAUAGGUCAGUGCUCCGAUAAGGACGACUGUGACAGGAUGUUCCCGUACUUCUUGGCUCUCUCCGUCAUCACUUCAUUCAUCAUCUCCCUGGGAGGAACGCCAGGCUACAUGCUUCUCAUCAGGUGCAUCAAACCACAACUAAAAUCAUUUGCCUUGGGAUUCCAUGCUUUAGCAACUCAUACACUCGCAGGAAUUCCAGCACCCAUUUACUUUGGAGCAAUCAUUGACACCACAUGUCUAAAAUGGGGUCAGAAGCGCUGCGGUGGAAGAGGAGCUUGUAGGAUCUAUAACACUACAGCAUACAGGAUAGCCUACCUGGGCCUGACUCUCGGCCUGCGGACAAUCUCGUUUCUAAUUUGCAUCCCGGGCUUCAUCCUGCUCAGUAGGCAGCUGAAGGAGGAACACGACACCCUUCGUGGAUCUCUAGCCAAUGGCGGAACGGAGCUUGAAGUGCUCAGAAAAGACGAAUUUGUAAUCUCAAACUCCAAGACAUUGCAAAGAACGUCAGAAAACGGCACGGAUCGUGAGACACGACUCUGAUUCCCCAGGGGGAAAAAAAGACCUCUCAGGACCAACCUCCUCUUUUCAUCACACAUGCACAUGAACAAACUUUAUCUAUACACCCACACACACACACAAUGAUACAUUUGCAGGGAAUCAUAUUAAAUCUUAAUAUUUAAAGUAUAAAUUCUAUAUUUACUACUUCAUGUGCUUUGAGGAUUUGAGAGACAUUUGUUAUACUGUAGUUGAAAUAUUUGUCUUGAAUGUAUUGUAGUUGUUUUUCAAAAAAAGAAAUGGGUAUAACACUGUUUUUAUGUAUGGAGUAUUAGUGCCACACUGAAAAGAAAUACAAUAACAACAAAGAAAUGUGAGGAAAAAAAGAUGGUUAGGAGAAUAAAGUUGUAAUAUGAAGGGGGGGAAAAGAAAAUCAGUAUUACGCAAAUAAAAUCCUUUUUUUUUUUUUUUUUAAGAAAAAAGUUGUAAUAUGAGAAUUAAAUCUUAAUUCUAAUUUUAAUUAUAUGCUCGCUCUCUCACUUUCUGUAGAGACCUGACAUAAAUUCAUCAGGUCAUUACAGUGACAGUGACAGUGGGGGGAAUAAUAAUAAAAUCAUCACUUUGUGGCCCACAAGUUCAAUGCCGAAAAUACAUUUUUUUUUUUAAGGCUCCACCGUGUCUGGCUUAGAAUUGUCAUCUCCCUUGUAAGGCGUCCUUGGGGUAAGAGUUGAAAUGUGUCUUGUUUGUGAACUGCGAAGCUAGUGCCAGACCCUGUGAGGAAGGGACACAUACAGUAGACAAGUAGGACAGGAGCAGUAAACCUUCAUGCUGUGAAGAUUACUGACUAGUGUGUGGUAGGAUCAGCACCCGUUUAAAGAAUUUGAGUGAGAGGACAGUCCAGGAAGACAAAGGGAUAACAAGGGCUGUGUACAAAAAUGAGAGCGACACAACACCAAGCCACUGAAUCCCACGAGCCUACUGUGUGCGCUUAUGAUCCGUCAUCAUCACACAUGCAUGCGAGUUAUCAGCAAUGUCCAGACUCGAGGACAGAGGACUCGGCUCGUGGGCAGUGCCGACCGGGGAGCGCAAGGACUACAGCACACCACUUACGCCCAGCCCCGCCCCUCAUACAAUGAGUGGAACUGCAGGGGUAGAAGAGUGCAGCAGGGGCACAAGGAACAGCAUUUAACAGCACUAUCGCCACUCGCGCCACGCCCCCCCCCCCCAAGAAAACCCUGAAUUUAUUGUGCCAAAAAAGUGCCUUGGAUGGGAUUACAUGCAGUACAGUUAUGUGGUGGUUUUAAACUAAGUGCGUAAAUUGUCAUAUCAGAAAAUGUGGGAGAAAGCCAGAGAAACCUGAACCUCAGAACUGUGAGUCAGACUUGCUAACCACUAGAUCGCCAUCCUGCCCUGAGUGGAUCCGUAACAUGAAUUCCAGACCACAAUCUCGUGACUCAGUGCACUGAUGUAGCAACACUGAAAUAGGUUGACCAAAAAGCUGACAUACAGUACGAACUGCCUCUAGUGCUUUGCAACAAUUCUCGGCAGUGCUUUGCUCCGGAAGCAGGCCGCAAAUUACAUUCAUAUCUUCAAAAACAGCAUCUUUGUAGUCACCAUGGCGAUGAUUUACUGCCAUGCUUGCCUUGUGUUGUAUGGAGGUUACCAUGCAAUAAGAUGUGCCAAACGCUGCCCUCGGCUUUUGACCAAUGGCUCAACUGUGACACAAAUAGUUUAUUCAUAUUGCCGAUACAUAUUUAGCUCUACCUCGACAUUGUUAGACUUUACACGAGUGACUUUCUUUUGUGACAUUAUUGCAGGGGUUUGUGUGCACUGUGCCUGUGUGCAGAAAUUGAUACCAAAACCCCAACAAAGACAGAUAUGAUUUUUCUCAGGUGUUUAUUAUUUUUCAUUUUUUGGGGGGGAAAAACAAACUAAUACACUAAGCUAUUGUACAUUCAGAAUAUGUAAAUAAAAUGUCCUCAUAAAUGUAGAGAAUAUUGUUUUGUAAGACUUUAUCCCAAUUGAGGAUAUACUGUAUACUGUAGGUUCAACUGUAUCGUGGUUACUGUCUUUGAAUUCAGCUGUAUCAGACAAAAGUGUUGAGUACAUACAUAAGAGCGGCAACAAAGUGAUAAGAAUGUAUAUAAUUUUUAAGGAUUAUUUUUGUAAAAAUGUCCAAAAAGAAAUGUACCUUACAAGUAAUAAAACUUUUAAUACCCAAUCCAAAAAUGUCUUGGGGUGUAUUGUUUAAAAUGCAGGAU